AUGGAGGUCGCUGGCCUAGUAGUUGGUGUGCUACCAAUCCUUUUCGAAGUUGUUAAAUCCUACUCAGCCGUUCGAGACAAAGUGCACACAUUCCGACGUUGCAAACAAGAGGUCGAAGAUGUUUCCAUCGAGCUCAUGGUCAUCCGAGUGAGCUUUCUGAAUGAAGUGAGAUGGAUACUGCAUUCCAUCCAGAACUCGAAACAAGCCAGGAUUGAUCUUGAGGACUGCGACGACCAAUGGUGGACGAGUCGCGAGGCUGAGAAUCAACUGAGCGCUGUACUUCGGGACAAUUAUGAUGCUUGCGGGGCGAUUAUGCAACGGACGAAACGUGAUCUCAAGGAAAUAGCGGAUGAGCUUGAGGUGUUCCAUCCCUUGUUAAUCCAAAAGUCACCAGGCGAGUCUGUCAAGGCAGCGUACAAGCGGUUACGUAGAAAGCUACAAAUCACCUUCAAUCGGUCAAAAUACGAUACAUGCCUUGCCAGCUUGCGCGAUCGCAACAGCGAGCUACUUGCGCUUCGGUCACAGGUUGUUGCUAUCGAGCAGCAGGAUACUCCUCUAGGGGGCAUCUGCAUCCGACACGCACCAGUACCUCUUCGUUUCAAGACUAUACAAAGCACAUCUCGACAACUCCACAAAUCUCUUUGUAAGGCAUGGUGCUGCGAUCAUCCCGCCCACUGCGCACAUAAUGCCAAACUUUGCCUCGAUGCUGAUGGAGUAGAUGAGGUGACACUGGACCUCGCUAUAUCUUGUCACGAAUCAUUGCCUGCAAACUCCCCAAGUCCAUCCUCAGCGAUACAAGCGAACGAGCCUAAGCUCCCAGACAAGUCUGAUAUCUGCUUGGAAUUGGCAAAAGAACUCCUCAAUCCUGGUGUAUCGAAUCCUGUAAGAUGUUUGAAGAAAAAGGCGUCUUCCGAUCUUUGCGGGAACGUAGCUCAUAAAAAGCCCCGGCGCGUACACUUCGAAGCUACACCAGCACUACUUGUCUCACAGUUACCAACUCCGGAUGCGGCUGGCACGCUAUCGACAUUUGGAGUCGACCUCUACAAGAUGAAGAGCAUUUGUGACUACUUGCGACAAUCUUACCAAGCACAACUAUCAGCGCCGGCGAAGCAAUGCAUCGGCUACUUAGACAGCGCACAGAUGUACAAGCAUGUAUUCUAUUUCAGAGACGCAACUUUGGAACCAGGACUGGAUAGUGCAGCUGCCUCUACCAUCUCUACCGUCAGGCAAGCACUCACCGAGGAGGUUUACGACACUCUCCAACCCGAGGAUCGUUUGAAACUAGCACACAAAUUGGCCGUCGCAAUGUUGCAAUACAACGACACCCCCUGGCUUCCUGACCGAUGGCGCCUGGCAGAUCUCAGCUAUCUUGGCUCGAAACUAUCCUUCAACGUUGAAGCUCUCAAGACCCUGCAUUUCAAUUCAGAGAUAUCGCAAUCUGCUGCCACAGUCACGGCUGACAGUGCGAUGGACGGUUUACAGCAAGCCACUGCAAAGGUCUCUGAUGAGACGCGUUUUGGUAUCACAAACACGACGCUUUUCUUCCUGGGCGUCGCCAUGCUCGAAAUCGCCUACUGGAAGCCGAUCGAAGAGAAAAUGACCGCUGCAGACGAGGACAACCAGGUCUUCGCCGCGCGUAGACUGGUUCUGGACCGCGGAGCCCCUUUGGGCCCAGAGUAUCAGCGGAUUGCGCAAAAGUGUCUUGAAUGCAACUUUGGAUUUGGGAACAAGCUUAGCAACAAGGGCUUGCAGUCUGCUGUGUACAACGAUGUGGUAUGCCAGUUAGAUAGCAUGGUCCAAAGGCUUGAAAAGCUUAGUGUGUAA